AUGUCAUUAUUAUCAGAGGAAGAUCUGAACGAUUUCAUUAGUCCGGCUUUGGCCUGUACAAAACCAACAGAGAUCAAACGUACGAAGGUGAAGAGUAAUGUUAAUGCACUAGGUGAAUACGAAGUUGGUGUUGAUGAUGGUGAAGAUGAGAUGUUAGAAAAAGUGACCAUUACUUUGAGUGAUUGUCUGGCUUGUUCUGGAUGUAUUACUUCAAGUGAAGAGAUUAUGUUACAACAACAAUCUCAUGGGGUCUUUUUGAAGGCCAUGUCAAACCGAGAAGCAAAUACCAAAUUAGCUGUUAGCAUAUCACCUCAGUGUAGACUGUCGAUGGCUACAUAUUAUGGAAUGGAGAUAUCUGAUUUUGAUAAGUGCUUUGCAAAUUUUUUCCAGAAGAAAUUCAAUGCUAAAUAUGUUGUAGGAACUCAACUUGGUAGAAAUGUCUCUAUUCAACAAGUGGUCAAGAAAUUAUCCGAGUGGAAGCAAAGUAAAGAGUACGAAAAAGAUUCAAGACCUCGACUCUCUGCUGCUGAUCCUGGGUUUGUCAUAUAUACAGAAAAGACUAAACCAGAUUUAGUUCCUUUAUUAUUGAAUGUUAAGUCGCCACAACAGAUCACAGGUGCAUUAUUGCAUGAAACGUUUGAUAAACAUUAUAAGACAGAGACAAAAACUGAAGAAAAACUCUAUGUUUUGGGAGUGAUGGCCUGUUUUGAUAAAAAAUUAGAAGCUUCAAGGCCUGAUAGUGCAGGAGAAGUUGACUGUGUUAUUACACCUAAGGAAUUUGUAGCCAUGUUAUCAGAAUUGAAUGAAUCAUUUUAUCAAUAUAAAGUAUCAUCAUCAGAUGAUAUUUUGAAAGAUCUAUGCCCUGAAGGUUGGGACCCAGAGUUGCAUUGGUGUAUUAAUCAUGGUAGCAGCUCUGGUGGAUUUGCUUAUCAAUAUAUUGUUUGGAGACAACGGACUCUACCUGACGAAUUGGCUAAGAAUAGUAAAAUAAUGAAGCUGCUAGGUAAAAAUAAUAAUAUAUGUGAACAUCGUUUAAUCAAUGUUAAGACAGGUGAAACAAUUGCAUCUGCAAGUGAAUUAAGUGGGUUUAGAAAUAUUCAAAAUAUGGUGCGACACUUGAGUCGUAGUGGUCCUAAUGGUAGUUCUGCAUUUCCAAAGCGUCGUGUCCAAUCAUUGCGUAAACGUCAAUCCUCUACAAACACAGCUAGUUCGACUGCCACUACAACUACUGCUGGUAGGCUUGGCACAUUAGUUGCUCAACCGUAUUCUAGUGAGUUCAUUGAGGUCAAUGCUGCUCCAGGAGGGUGCCUAAAUGGUAGUGGGUUAUUGAACGAAGAACAAUCUACUGUACGUAAGAGACAAUUUACACAACAAUUAGAAGAGAGGUUCCAUAGUUCUUUUACUAUGGUCGAUCCAUUAGACACUACACAAUGGAGUACUACUGAAAUUAUCGAACCAGAGAAGCUAUAUGAAUAUACAUUCCAUGCAGCUCAACCACAAGAUAAACAAAAGGAUAUUGUUACGGUGGGUAAUACCUGGUAA